UCUGCCGAGCCUCGACCUAGUCAAGUCGUACGUGCUCCCAAAUUUUCGUGGCUUUUCCAACGCACUUGUAAUCGAACGCGCAACGCUUUCAGUGUUAGGCUAGUGAGUGGCGUGAUUUUGGUGACUUGUUUCUCGAUUCUGCAUCAUCUCUUUAGCACAUAUUUUCUGUGUAAUCUUCAGAAAUUAUUAAAUAAAUCCGAGUGAUGCUUUUAUACUCAAUCAAUCUGUGUUUGUAAUCAAUGUGUGCUUGUGUUUUGACGAGGUAAAAUAAAUAAAUAAAUCCCCGACACAAACUUUGCCGAGGAAUUUUGUGCGGCGAUUUUCAAAAAGCGAGCGCUAAGUCAUAUCGCUCGAAAAUGCACGCUUUGUAUCAAGAACAGAACGCAUUUUACAGGCACGCCUCCGCCGUACCAGUGAAUCUGCAGUCGAGCUACUCUGCGGUACCGCUGUCCUCGAACUAUUACGAGGCUCAGUACCGUUACUCGAACUACGCUUCGGCGUCAAACUACGCACUUCCUGGUCUCGGUUCGCAGCACUUACACCCCGGCUCCAAGGACAUGGUGAAGCCACCGUUUUCCUACAUUGCCCUGAUCACCAUGGCGAUCAACGCUUCCCCCGACAAGAGGGUGACCCUCAACGGCAUUUAUCAGUUCAUCAUGGAACGCUAUCCCUACUACCGAGAAAACAAGCAAGGAUGGCAAAAUUCCAUCAGGCACAAUCUCAGCCUAAACGAGUGCUUCGUCAAGAUACCGAGGGACGACAAGAAGCCAGGCAAAGGAAGCUAUUGGUCUCUCGAUCCCGACAGCAUUAACAUGUUCGAUAACGGCUCGUUUCUCCGUCGCAGGCGACGGUUCAAGAAGCAGGAUGCCCUCAAGGAAAAGGAGGAAGCAAUGAAACGUCAGAAUCUGCUGGCGCAGACCAAGGCUUUGAGCAUCGAGGAUACCAAAUCCAUAAGUAUUCCUUUGAUGAUCUCGCCAAGCAGUAUGAGCGACUCGAGCAUGAACGCGACCAACAACAAUAAGAAGCACAGCUCGGCCGAGCAGCCACCGGCGGGUCUUUGCAAGCCCAAACACGAGCCCAAUCAGGACAAGUAUCUCGAGCAGUCGAGUCCGGUGCAGGACAUGAAGAGCAAAAACAACGGCCAGAGCGUCAUACAGAGCGCUUUGGUCCACGGAAAUCAUUCGAGCGCGCAUAAUUAUCGGGUGCAACAUAUUCACCAAACAUCGGCGAUUCAGGAUGUCAAUAUGACUGUUCUUGACCCGGUUAAUCAUACAGUUGAUGCCAUCAUUAACAGCCGUGAUCAGGCCCACAACAUUAUCAUGAGCAACGCGACAGUGCAGCAGCAGCAGCAGCAACAGCAGCAACAACAACAGCAACAACAGCAACAGCAACAGCAGCAGCAGCAACAACAACAACAACAACAACAGCAGCAGCAACAGCAGCAUCAGUUGCAGGCACACCACAACCAACAGCAUAACUUGAUCAUGAACACAGCCAGCCCCAGGGACUUGGUAGCCGGCGUGACGACGACGACCGCUGCGAGCACGGCGGCCGUCGCCGCGGCCUUGAUAGCUACUGCACCCGCCAACUACGGCCAUUCCGUGCCGAGCAGCGGCAUCGCCAGGCCCAAUAUAUCGCCGAGCGCCAUGUACCCGACCUACUGUCCGACGCCCUACGUCAUGGAGCACUCGGACUACAACCCAGGCCCGAGGACUCAUCAUAACAGCGGCCUCGGUCAUACGCAAUGGUACCAAGAGGCGGCCAGCCCCGACGCCGCUGCGGCUGCUCUCUACCAUGACCCCCAGACAGCCAACUGCCAGAUGUACAGAACAAGUCCAACGAAUCCCACACCUGUGACUUCUGCGCCGUCGACGUCGCCUCUCUAUCAGCGUUUCUAUCCGGAAUGCCAUGGACCGAAUAACCGAUACUGAGAGUAUCGAAAUUCAAGAUCUCACCAUCAUCAUCGAGAUCUUGAAUUGUCUCAGCACCAGACCCAAGAACAAAUUGCGCCUCAUACCUACGACUCCAGUGGCCUCGUGUAUGUUAAACAGGAGUGGAUACCUCCGAACGAAGAGGAGUGGAAUUAGAUUUCCUCAUGAAUUAGCGGAAUGAGAUAAAAUUAGAUGAAAUUCGGAUGAAAAAUCAAAUGACAAGCGUGCGCCAUUCUCUGUACUGCUUGUAAUUUGUGCCGUGCUCUAUAUAAGGGGAAAAUAUUCGGACUUGCGUCAAAGGACAAAGAGAAACGAGCGAAAAUAUUCCUUCUUCUGAUUAAGCGCCCAAAAUUUUUUCUCGUUUGUAUCAGUGUAUGCGACAUGCACACGCGCCAACUGUGCAAACUCAAAAGUUGUGUUUGCCGAAUCGUCAUCGUAUUCUGUAGAGGUCGAUUAAAAGUUAAACAGUUACGUGCGUCGCGGUUACUUUCUUGCAUUCGGCAAUAAUAGCGCAUUUACUUCGCAGUACACAAAAAUCGAAGAUAUCGUAUAGCUAUAUAAUAUAAAUACGCGAUUGAGCGCAGCUGGCUCAACGUAUUGCAUUUUCUUGUACAAAGUUGUAAAAUAUGAAUAUGUAUAGACGCAUCCCUAAAAAUUUGUGAUAUUCGCGAUAAUUGUAACAAAGUCAUCAGAAUCCCCUAUGCAUAUAACGUUUACCAAUUAAGAAGAUUUAUCUAGUAUGGCAAAAGUUAGUAUUUAUGAAAAUACUUAGAAAAUAAUAAGGCCAGCCUCUUGAAUUUUAAUAAAAUUAUUGUAAAUAUUUCUCAGGUAGGAGUAAUCAUUAACCAAAUUGAUUGAAAUUUAAUACUAAUAGAUUGAUAACUUCAAUAAUAAAUUUGGUAAACAAACUACCUUGCAUAUAAUACCUAUAUAUUAUAAAUAUGUAUAUAUGUACAAACCUAUUAAAAGUAUAUGUACCUUUUCUUUAAAAAGAUAAAGAUUUUCUGCAUUGCACGAUCAUUAGUAUAUGAUGAAAAGUGAAGCCCAGGCCGGUAAAGACUCGAAAUGAGAAUUUUGCCCAUACCGUCAACCGAAAACCUCAUUUUCAUAAUUGAAAAUGUUCCUAAUUGGUAACAGUUCUGGAAGAAUUCAAACAUACGUUUUGAUUAGUAUCAAGACUUUUUAUUACGACUCUACCUAGACUUCAUUUUCUAUCAUAUAACAAUGAUCUUAGUUGCCAUGUGCAGUAAAUAUUAGGCAAUAAGGAACACCCUACUGUACACAUAUUACAUGCAUAUACGUACGAAUACACUUAUAUGUAUGAGUGAAGAGCACCUUAUGUAGCAAUAAAAUUGUAAUAUAUACUUUAUAAUCAAAAAUUAUAAGUGUACGGUGCGAAUGAAUUUAUGUAACUUGAAAAUCUCGGAGCAUUUAUAAAUAUUUAAAUGUACGAUUUGUGAGAGAGAGAACUGAAAUUUAAUUUAUUAUUUAUUUGUUGAUGAGUACUGAUUCUACAGUUCUUGUGACGCUAAAAGAUGUCGAUAAGUGGCAUUUUUACAAUUUUUGACAAAACGCAUAUUUUGCUAAAUUUUUAUUCAAUUUUUAUGAAAUAUUUUGUCACAAAAUCGUUCAACUUAUCGUGAUAAAAUAUCUUUCCAUUCAGCUUGAUGUACACCGACGAUAAAAACAAGUUUUUGCCAAUAUCUCUUUUCAACCUCUUGUUAAAAAUGUGUUCCAUUAUUAUUUUUCAUAAAAAAAACGCGAGCUUCAGCUAGAAAGUAGGUAGAUCUCUGUAAUUGUUGUGAGUGUUACUACAUAUAAAAAUCAAAAGCUGUAGGUAAUCAAAGAAUUAUACUAUUACAUAGAAAAUUUAUGCAUAGAUUGAAAAUAUAUGUGUACGUGCGACGCUAUUAUAAAUAUACAAUGAUCUAUUGUUUUGUGCGCCGAUCGAGCCUGAGUAGAUAAUCAUAAACGCUGUGUUAUACGCGAAAUUGUCUAACUGUUGUCAACUCAUGCAUAUGUUUAUAGCUCACACUACUGUAAUAAUAAUAUAAUAAUAUAAUUACUCUUUAGGGGAUAGAUAUAAUUAAUUAUAGUAUAGACUAGCGAAAC